CGUCCUUCGCUAAGGAUCUUGACUUUUAAUUAACAAGUAUCUUUAUUUCAAGCAAUAAUUAUGACUGAGAUAACAAAACCAACUAUUGUUAUUCUUGGGGCAAGCUAUGGCGGUGAUAGAGCAGCAAAAGCUUUAGUAGAAGGUAUUGGUGAUGUUGCACGUAUAAUUGUGGUUGAUAAAAAGUCACAUCACAACCAUAUCUACGUCUUUCCACGCUAUGCUGUGACAAACAGUCAUGAACACAAAGCAUUUAUUCCAUACUCUGAUCUCAAAGGUGCUCAUCUUACACUUCACGGUAGUGUAAUAGAAAUAAAAGACAACACUGUUAAACUAGAUAGAACAUUUGAACAAUUUAAUUUAAGUGAUGAAAUUCACUACGAUUAUCUAGUUUAUGCACUUGGAUCUACAAUGCCAAAGAGUUUACAGAUGGAUGCGAAGACUAUGGCAGGUACGAAACAGAGUUACGUAGAAUGGUUGAGACAUCGUCAAGGUGUUAUUAAAACUGCUCAAAGACUCGUUAUUGCAGGUGGUGGUGCAUUAGGUGUUCAAUUUGCAACUGAUAUCGCUGAAAGAUAUCCAACGAAAAAAGUAACCAUCAUACAUUCACGUGAUCAACUUUUACCUCGCUUUGAUCCACAAAUGCACAAUAUCAUCUAUAAUUCAAUGAAAUCUUUAAAUAUUGAUAUUCAUCUCAAUGAACGUAUCUCACUUGAGAAUACUACAGUAGAUUUUGAUGGUAAUGUCUCAGAGAAGAGAGUUUUCACACAAAGUGGAAAAGAGUUCGAUUGUGAUUUACUAUUAUUAUGCACAGGACAAAGACCAAAUAGUGAAUUCAUGGAGAAGUUAGCACCUGAUUCUGUAGAUAAGAACACGAAAUUGAUUAAAGUGACACGAUCAAUGCAGUUGGCUUCACAACAACCAAGUGAAAACACAAAACCUACACUAGAUGCGGCACGCCAAGCUUCAGAGAAAUCAAUUUCACUCGGUCAAGAUCCAGGAUUACACACCUCAGCUCAUCCAAAUAUCUACGUUAUAGGCGAUUCGGCAGACGCCUUUGGAGCUAUCAAAUCUGGUAGAUAUGCCUGGUUCCAAGCUCAAACUGCAGCAGAAAACAUCAUAAAACAGGUCAGAGGUGAUGCUGAAUCCCAACCGACUCAAUAUGACCCGGGAGAGCCAGCCAUCAAAGUAAGUAUCGGUCUAAGUCGUACAGUUGUUCAAAUGGGAAACGAAAUCAUUAUUAAUGAUAAUGUUCCUGAAGAUCUAGACGCUGCUUCGGUCUGGAGAGCUAGAAAUAUUGACACUAGCGAUAUGUCUUUGUAAG